GAUUCGUAUAUACUAUAAGGUACUUGUAUACUUGAGAAUAUUAUUAUAAUCUGAGAAGCAAAAUACAGACUAAUCGGUUUUGAUUUCAAAGUGAUUGGCCCCCAUUUUUGUCUCUGUUGCUGCUGAGGAUUGAAUGAUGGCUGAAUAUCAUGAUAAUCUUGGUCCUGCCUUGCAAGAUCUCCAAGACCAGUUGCAGAGUGUGAGACUUAAGCAACAUCAUGAUCAGCAGCAUCAACAUGGAUCUCUACGGCUUUUGGCUAGAGUUAAGAGGAUGAUUGUGCAGGAUUCGAGCGAGGUAGAGGAUGAUGUGUUGUAUGAUGCUCUGGCUGCUCUUAUUGAUCGACUUCAAAUGGAGGUGCCAUUUCUGUUGGCAUUCGAGCAUUAUGUUUCCUUCUGGGCUAAGCUGUCUUUUAGACCUUUGCUCAAUAAAGUUGGUAUAGCGCUGUCUGAGAUUGCCAAGGACAUCAGGCUUGCUCGUGAAAAGAAUUACAUUUCCAAAAGCCCUUCGAGAUUGAUGGAUUUCCUUCGCCACUCACAACAAAGGGUUGAGCGCAUGAAGCCAGAAAUUGGAGAAGCUAAUCGCAUUUUGCUCACCGGUAAGUUUGAAUUACCCUCUCACCUGCCUGAGUAUCCAUUCUGGAUAGAUUCUGUUUUUACUCUAGCAAGCAGUCUUAAGGCUUUCCUGGACACUGUUGAUACAGAUCUUCAUGCACCACUUUUAGCCUUUCAAGUUAAGCUAAGGUCAUUUGGAACUUUCCUUCAAUGUGUGGUAGUUUGUGUUUCUGUACCUUAGCUGAACUUAAGGUGCGUGAAUUAGAUGCAGCGAUGUGGGCAUCAGAUCCUGAAUCAUUUAUGAAACAAUUCCUUCCUAGUCACAUACUUGAUAGUUUGAUAAAGCAUGUAGCUUCUGUGGCCAUUCGCUUAGCAAACCUCUCUUGCCUUUACUGGUUCAAGGAAGUGGACACUGAUGAGAAAAGAAGGACGAUCAUUGGGAUUUUGAAUUUGCAACAGGAGAUUGACCUUUCAACUGCAGAAUUUCUAGAAAUGAAUCUGAAGCUUCUUAGAGCUGUCAACCAAAUUCAGCCUGGCCAAAUAACUAGGAAUAAGGUAACUGGUUUUCUCAGUUAUCUCCUCCUCCACGAGGAAGGGGCACUUGGUGUUGCUGAUGAGCUGAAGUACUUGAUAGAACUUGUUAUCAGCCAACCAGAGAAGCCCUGUAACGAGGUGGAAACUUUCCUGACAGAAAUUAAAGCAGUUAUUAGGGAGGCUGCUUCUCUAAGUAACUCACUUGAUGGAGUAUGUGCACAUUCUCCUAAGGUUGAGGUUGCUAAGAUUAGACUCCUCGAGGAAAAGAUUUGGCUUCUGAAAGCAGAACAUUUCCUCAAAGGACCACGAAAUACAAGCUUUAUCGACAACCCAUAUUGGGAUUGGAAGUCUUGCAUUACAUCACUUGACAAGGGACUAAAAAACUUGAGAAGCUUUUCGAAAGAUCUACCCAAGGUCAGGACAAUACUUUGCAAACAGAACUUAUCACUGGUUGAAGAAGUUCCUAGGGAGCUACAAUCUGUCUUGCAAUCCUUUUCUGCCAAAGAAAUCACAGAGAAAAGGAUGAGGGAAUCACUAUUGCUACUGCUUUUAAAGAUUUUGGUUCUCAAGGCAGACUUUUAUCUUUUGGAGAUACUGAAUGGUAAUGCAAAUUUGCUGUCCCUUGCAAAAGAUCGAAUUGAAUCUGUUCGUGAGGGCCUGAAGUUGCUUAUGACAUUUGUCGCAAAUGUACCAAAGGAGAGUUCAGACCAUUUGGAAUUCAUCUUAACAAACAUUGAAGCUGUGGCUAAAAGGAUAAUAUAUCUCUAUCACUCAUUUCUAACCAACAAAAUCGCUGAAGAGUUGAUCGAAAGAAUGUACCUUACACUUUCAGAGUUGUUAGAUCAGAUUAAAGUUAACAAGGCAAAGCUGAGAGAGCUUUAUCCCCAAGUUCAAGGAUCAUGUUUCCCCAAGACCAAUGGAUUGGGGUGUGUUGAUUUUCUGUUGAGAAACCUUAAGGAGCUGCAAACCCAUAAAUCUAAGUCAAUUGCAACUGUGAAGAAUCAAAUUGAAAGAAUCCAGGGGGAUAUGGAGUUCUUUAGAUCUUUCCUCAAUGAUAGAGUAAAGGAAAGAACUCAACAUCAAGAACUGAAAGGUCUUGGUGAACGCAUUACAGAGGUGGCAUACAAGGUGGAAUACGUCAUUGACUCAAUCGAGGUUGGCAUUGGUGAUCACUUACAACAUCUGUUAUGGCUUGACUCUCUCUUAGAAGAUAUUAGCCAUAUUAAGAUGGAGGCAGUCAAAAGUUACCAGAAGAAGACUUGUGAUGGCAUACCCCAUAAUGUCACCAGAAGUUCAGCCCAUAUGAUAUCACAAGUUAGUGCCCCAGAACCUGAUGAAGUGGUGGUAAGUCUCAGUGAUCAGGAAGAAGUGAUAAUUGAUCGGCUUAUAAAAGGAUCCUUGCAACAAGAUAUGGUUUCUCUUGUGGGUAUGCCAGGAAUAGGUAAGACAACUUUGGCCAAGAAGUUGUACAAUGAUUCUAGAGUUACUUAUCACUUCCACAUUCGUGCAUGGUGCUGUAUCUCGCAAGUAUAUAGUAAAAGGCAGGUGUUGCUCGACAUAUUAAGCAACAUUAGUGGGCUUACUGACUACAUUCAUAAAAUGACUGAUGAAGAUUUAGAUCUGGAGUUGUAUCAGCAAUUAAAAGGAAGAAGGUAUCUCAUAGUUAUGGAUGACAUGUGGAGCACAGAGGCAUGGGAUGACUUGGAAAGAUCAUUCCCAGAUGAUAAAAAUGGUAGCAGACUUCUAAUAACAAGUCGUAUCCAGAAUGUGGCCUUGAAUGCUAAACCUAAUAGUGAUCCUUAUCUUCUUCGUCUCCUCACUGAUGAUGAAAGUUGGAGCUUACUACAACUGAAGAGUUUUCAUGGAAAAGGUUGCCCAACAGAAUUGCUUGGAGUUGGAAAGGAAAUUGCUCAACAAUGUAAAGGACUACCUCUUUCUGUGGUUGCAGUAGCUGGUCUCCUUGAAAGGACCGAAAAGAAACCAGACUUGUGGAAACAAAUUGUUGACAGUUUGAGCAGAAGGUUAAUAGAUGAUCCACAAACCCAGUGCAAGGAAAUCCUAGAGCUGAGUUAUGAGCAGUUGCCAUACAAUUUGAAAGCAUGCUUCCUUUAUUUCGGAGCAUUCCUGGAGGACAAAGAUAUCUCUGUGCGCAAGUUGAUACGGUUGUGGGUUUCUGAAGGUUUUAUUAAGAAAAGCGAAGAGAAAAGCUUAGAGGAUCUUGGAGAGGAUUACCUAAUGGACUUAGUCGGUCGAAGCCUUGUACUGGUUUCUAAAAGAAGAUCCAUAGGUGGGGUCAAAACAUGUCGAGUUCAUGACAUGCUACAUGAUUUGUGCCUGUCAAGAUCUAAGGAAGAAAUGUUUCUCCAGCCAAUUACCAAGCGUGAUGAACCAUUUGCUUCUUUUGAUGGUUUAGAUGAUGAUGUUGAUUUUGAUCAUUAUUACCCUUCAAAACCAUUAAUAUAUGAAAGACAUCGGCUUUGCAUUUGUUUGGAGCGGAGGCAUUUCAUCAAAUCAAAACCUUCUGGUCCAAGAACAAGGUCUCUGCUAUUUUCUGCAAUUGCUGAUAGGUAUCCCAGAUGCCCAUAUGAUAUCACAUUCAUUUUUCAAAAUUUUAAACUUCUCAGGGUGUUGGAUUUGGAAUCCAUCAAUAUGGGGAUGUUCUUUCCCAUUGGAUUUGAUUUAUUAGUUCAACUAAGGUACUUAGCAGUCAGUGGGGAUCUGGAUUCUAUUCCACCAUCAAUAGCCAGCCUCUGGAAACUAGAGACGUUUGUUGUGAAGGGAUUAAAAGGUAUGGUUGUGUUACCUGUUAUUAUUUGGAGCAUGAGAAUGUUAACACAUGUUCAUGUAACUAGUUGUGCAAUGUUCGAUUUGCAAGACGACCAGCUUGAAAGUUCCUUGGUAUUGGAUAACUUAGUAACUCUUUCCACACCAGCUCUUUCUGGAGGGAAGGAGACAUUGAAGAUACUGAGGAGAUUUCCCAAUCUUCACAGGUUAAGAUGCAUCGUUUUUGAAUCUCCGAGUUCUCCUAUGGGAUGUGAUCAAUUUCCACAAUUUGACAUUCUAAAUCAGCUUGAAUCACUCAACAUCUCUGGUAGGGCCCUUAAUCAGGGAGAAUUGAGCUUCCCCCUGAAUUUAAAAAAAUUGACUUUGUCUAGGCUUCGCCUGCCAUGGAAACGUAUGUCUGCUAUCGGGAGACUACAGAGCCUUGAGGUUCUCAAAUUACUUUCUAAUGCCUUUGAGGGCCGGAUAUGGGACAUGAGGGAAGGGGAGUUCCUAAAGUUGAAAUUCUUGAAGUUAGAUUCUCUGAAUGUUGUUGAGUGGAAUGCCACUUGCGAUCACCUUCCCAACCUUCAGCAAUUAUUUUUGCGACACUGCAAAGAACUUGAGGCAGUUCCAUUCUCUUUUGGGGAAAUUCCUACCUUGCUGAUGAUUCAAGUGCAACGUUGUGGCCUUUCCACAGAAGAGUCAGUCAGGGACAUUGAGGAGCAAGGGAUUGAAGGCCUCAAGAUCUUCAUCAGUCAUUAAGAUUUGUAUUUCAGAUGGAAAUAGAAGACUUUUUCUUUGAGGAGUUGAACAUAAUGGAAGAGUUUGAGAUAUCUUAAAACGUCAAAAAGGAAGGAAUUUGACAGCUUCUUAGCGGGAAAUUCUGCUGAAAGAAGUUGCAGCUUUAGAUAAGUUGUCUGGGCUUAUUGUGGAGGUUCAAUACCAAGCAGACGUAUCAAACACAAUUUUGUGUGGAAUAAGAUGCUUUAUGUGACAUCCAUAAAUUUGAUGAUUUUGAAUGCAAAGCCUAACAUAAGGGACAACUUGAUCGAAGUGCUUCAGAAUCUGCAGCAAUCUUUGACCUUAAUUAAGUGAAGGCACCAAGAGAGACUUCAGCAUUAAGGGGAAAGUAGCUUAUGGCCUAAUGGGGAAGGAAAAUCUUUAAGGUUAUAGCAGAUGGAGUUGACAAGACUGGAAGCUUGACAAGCCAAGGUUGUACUUAAUUGCUAAGUGUUGACAGUAGCUUCGGAGGUGCAAAAACUGUACGUGUGUUUAUGGAUCAAUCCAUAAUUUUGUUGUCUCUAAAUCCAUAAUUUUCUAGGCACAAUAAUGAGCACAUGACUACAAUUUUUAUGCAAAGAUAUCCUGAUUGCAGUUUUUUGAUAUUAUGAUUCAUAUUUAUUCUGCUCCUUGUCAGAAUAAAUGACAGUAGGCCUUGCCUGUACAAAUGACAGUAGAACUUGUUAAGGAGUAUGCUCAAACUUCUUGCUUAACAACUUAUGAUCCCCUGAUGUAAACAAUUUCAUGAUUUCAGUCGAAAGAAUCUAUGUUGCACAAUUUCGAUAAUGUA